AAAUGCGUGCGAUGGUUCUGUCUCUUCUGGGGCUUCCAUUACUACCGACACCAGUGUCUGAACAUUGAGCUCUGGAAUUGGUUCUUAGUAUUGAGCUGCCUGAGUGCCACCACACAUUUGCCCAUUGCUGGUGCUGCUGAAACUCACGGGAUGACAAUAAGCGACGUUAGAGAGCUUCAGUGCGGAAAAACUUUGAAAAGUACAAUAGAAGAAUCAGAUGCCUGUUUGUAUGCUCCUACCAACGAUGACAUCUACAAUGACAACUGCAUCUUUAAGUUCAUGCACUGUUAUUUAUUGGAGUUGGAGGUUAUCCUGAUCGAGGACAUGCAGGUCACAGUUGACUACCAUGAGGAAACAAAGACAAAUAUCUACCAUCUGAAAAAAAAAUUGGAAGAACACCAACACCAAUAUAACCGUUCUAGCUGCUCACCGUGUGAGGCACAGAGAGUCGCCAACACUACAAUAUUCCUUCAGAACCUGGAGGACCUUUUGAAGAGAAUAGGGAAUACUGUCAGUUGAAUACACUGUAAUAUAUUGUAAAUAUGUGAUUGUAGUUUUUCAUAAAUAACGUAGCAAAAAAAUGUAAUAUGUGUGUUAUUCUACCUUUGGUCAUGACAGUAAGUGAAGAAAUUAGCAGAGUGACAGCUAGUGCUCGUGUCCAAAUGUAUAUUACCUCUCAGUUUAAGUGUAAUUGUAGAUAGCUGUUUAUAUUUUUGUAUAUAAUCGAAUAUAAUACCUUUUCUAUCUGUAUUUCUGUCAUAUUUAUUGACACAUUUAUUGAAAUGCCUUUUUGGAGCUUUACAUGUUUUGUUAGUUUUUUAAAUCUUCCAAGUCAUAUGCACACCAACAGUCCCUAACUAACUUCCCUUGAACAGUUGUCGUCAGUAUGUCAAAAUUGCACAUCUUGAAUCAAAAUAAAAUCCCAGAAAACAUA